AUGUGUCACUCUCUCCCCUCAGCUGUGUCAGUGGGCGUGUCCUGUUUCACCCUCGUGGCCAUCUCCCUGGAGCGAUACUUCGCCAUCUGCAGACCCCUGCACUCUCGCUCCUGGCAGACGCUCUCUCAUGCUUACAGAUGUAUAGCCGUGUGCUGGGUGUUGGCAGCUGCCCUGACCACGCCCACCGCCGUGUUCCAGAAACAUAUCGCCCUGGCCGGAGGUGCUCACAUGUGUAGAGAGAUCUGGCCCAACCAGCGCAUAGAACAGGCAUACACGGUUCUGCUAGAUCUGACCCUCCUCGUCCUCCCGGUCAUAGUGAUGAGUGUGGCCUACAGCCGUGUGGUGCACGCGCUUAUCUUCAACACCAGGUCCAGCCUCGAUCUAGGGGUGGCUCCUAACGGUCAAGGCAGCACGUUCGUGUUGCAGAACUACAGAACGAUCGAGCUGCGUCUUCUGAGCAAGGACUCGUGUCGCAGUGUGUCGUCAUACACCUCUACGGACACGUCCAUGUCUGGCUCCAUCACACCGCCCAAGGGAACUGUGUCCAGAUCUGGAACCAUGACCACCCCGCCAACCGGUCGCAAGUCCCGUCGAUCCGUUCAGAACCGGAUCCGGCACAGCAACCCGCAGAAGAUCCGGCAGAACAAGAUGCGAGUUAUCCGGAUGUUGUUCGUGGUGGUACUCGAGUUCUUCAUCUGCUGGACGCCCGUCUACGUGUUGUCCACCUGGAUUGUGUUCCAUGUAGAGAGUGCCUACCAGGUGCAGUGUCGCGGUCCGCCUCAGACAAUCCGAGAGCGGCGUAUGCAGCAGCUCCAGCACAAGAGGAACGCCCAGACGGCAGACAACAACCGACGUAGCACGGCUGUCUCACGGCUCAGUGAACGCUUUAACCCUCUGGCCUCCACCACCACUAUCUCUAUACCUGAGGAGUCCAUCAGGCUCAGGAAUCCGGGCGUUGACCGUUGUAGGAAAAUGGCGUCCACGGCGGAAGAGGAUACCACCAGCGCUUCCGACUGAUGCUCUAGUUCCUCCUAGUUCAGGUUCCCGGGUUUGGGUUUUGGUUUGCUUUCUGUUUGGAGAUAAGAAAUACAUACAUAAUGUUUCGAGUACAUAGGUAGCUUGAGAUUUUACUUAAAAUGUCAUACCGGUUAUGAGCAUUUCAUUAAUAAAUAAUGACAUUACCUUUUAUAGGAUUUGAUAUUGGAAGGGAAAGCGAAAGAGAGAGAGAGAGAGAGAGAGAGAGAGAGAGAGAGAGAGAGAGAGAGAGAGAGAGAGGGAGAGAGAGAGAAA